AUGACUUCUGGGCAACUGCAUGCUUUCAAACUCAACAAUGGAACGGAAAUCCCCUCCGUUGGCCUUGGUUGCUACAUGGGCUCGAACGAUUUCACGGAAAAGCAAGUGUACAGCAUGGUCCAGAAAGCCAUUCAGGCUGGGUAUCGCCAUUUCGACACCGCGACGGGAUAUGGGAACGAAAAGCAAGUCGGAGAGGCCAUCCGCGAUUCUGGCAUCGCCCGCAGCGAGUUCUACGUGACCACCAAGCUCGCGAACGGGGACCACCAUCGAGUGCAAGAGGCCUUUGAAGAAUCGUUCGAGCGACUCAAUCUCGAGUGGAUCGACCUGUACCUUCUUCAUUGGCCGCAAGCUUCCACUGGAGAUGUGGAUUUCAGUCAGAUAAACGCACCCAAAAUGGCCCUUCCGCCAGACGCGCAUCCGACGUUUGUCGAGACCUACAAAGAAAUGGAAAAGCUAAUGGCAACAGGUGAGAGGAAGAAGAAACUACUGUUUCUGUGUGGUGACAGGGAACAAGGCCGCGUCAAGUCAAUCGGAGUGAGCAAUUUCUCAAUCAAGACGCUGGAGGAACUGCUGCCGCAUUGCUCGGUUGUGCCCGCUACCAACCAAGUUGAGCUGCACCCGUGUCUUCCGCAGGACGACCUGAAGAGCUAUUGCGAAGCCAAGGGUAUUUUACUUUCAGCAUAUUCCCCCCUGGGCCGCUCCCAGACGUUUUUUGCUGAACAGCCUCUCAUUGCUGGACUUGCCGACAAGUACCACGUGACUUGGGCCCAGAUUAUCUUAUCGUGGGCUGUCCAGCGUGGAACAGUUGUGCUCCCCAAGAGUGAGAAUGAGGGUCGUAUGAUAGCCAACAUUACCUUACUUCAACUCUCCGACCAAGAUAUGCACGCAUUGAACACUCUUCACCGACAACCCGGCAUGCACCGUUCUUUGGUUCCUUUCCACGCCGACUACGGAGGGGUAUUCGGGUGGACAUACGAGUGGCUGGGAUGGAAGAUGGCCAAGGGAGGAUAUGUUUUGGAGGUCUAG